CGUGAAGGCGAACGUGUAGUCAGCACUGAUAGUGGAGAGAGUGAACGAGUGCGAAAAGUAAUACACAUUGAACCAUUCAAAAAAAGGAAGGUUUCUCGAACGAAAAGAUUGUUCUGUUCGCCAUUGCUGAAGUCGGAAUACGCGAUUGGCGACAGGAGUGUUCUGUAGCAGAAUAACAACAUAUCGGGCGUAAAAUUUGUACGUGAAAGUGUUUUUUUUACCGUCCCCAGACACAAGAAAGUGCCGUUUCGCCAAAAUUUGGUGCGUUUUUUCCUGGUGACAACAGGAAGGUACGAGAAUAAGAAGAAGCAGGAGGAAAAUUUUCUGCAGCAGCUGUACGCACACAGCGAUUGAGUAGCCAGCGCCAUUAUUACACAAUACAUUGAAAUAUCGCCGUAUGUGAAUUUAUAGUACCAUUGCAAGACGAACGUGUUGUGUACAUCAGAAGAAGUAUUUUAAAGUUCGUCGAGUUGUCAACUUUUCGUCGUCCGGGAGGUCACACAGGAAAGCUGCAUUGGUAGCAACAACAAUGCAUAUAAACAAUCCCGAUGCAAUGAAAGCAUGGCUUACGGAAAUCCUGGAGCCACUGUGUGACGCUGAUCCGGCUGCAUUGGCUCGGUAUGUUUUGGCCUUGUUGAAAAAGGAUAAACCAGAGAAAGAUCUGCGAGAGUGCAUGAAGGAACAGUUGGAUGUUUUCCUUGUCCACGAAACGGAACCCUUUCUAGAGAAACUAUUCAAAUCGAUUAAAGGAGAGGAGUACAUUAAGUUGGCAUCAGCUAAAGAAGUGAUAUUAACCCCAGUCGAACCACAGCCACAGGCUGUCGUUAGCAGCGUUCAGUUCCAACCAUCCAUUGUGGAAGACACCAGUAAUGGUAGUUCGAAAAUACGCAUCAAACGAGAGUUUACUCCGCCCCUGCAUGAAAACAACAACACCAGCAGCAGCAAUGGUGGUAUCAGAUCUUCCAAAGAUGCUCCCGCUGCAAAUGCUACAUCCGGAGAGAAAAUCGUCCCCAACACGUCGCACGACAAUUGCAAUGAACUGUCCAACAGUACAACCAGUGGAGCGAUACCCACCGCAGCCGCCCCCAGCAUCGUUUCGCCUGCCAACACGACAACGGGCGUUGGGAAAACUCCUGUUAAAAGUUCCAGCAAUAAGGAUGAUCAUAGCAAAGAAAGUCGCAAUCGUGGCAGGCGAGUAUCGAACCGAUCUCGGUCCCGUUCCCGCUCUCGUUCACGCUCGUUUGAACGACCCCGCGAUUCCCGCCGUUCCCGUUCGAGGGAUCGUCUUCUCAUGCGGGAGUCCGCUCGAGACAAAUCGAACCGUCAGUAUCGAAACAAGUCUCCGGUGGGGCGUAACGAUUCGUCGUUCCGUCGCUACGAGCGCAAAAACCAUGGCUACGAGAGUAGCCGUCGCGGUGGAGCGGGAAGCGGUGGCGGUGGCAACUCCAACGUGAACAGCGGUACCAAUAAUCGCAUAGCGAACAGAAGCCAAUCGGGUAGUCGUUCACCGUCACCGACGGUGGAUCGCAGGAAGAUUGCACGGUCGGAAUCACCAGCUCCGUCAGCACCGAGCAUUGUUCCUGCGCCGUCUGUUGAUCAUGCUCCAGCAGUGGACACGAAUUUGCUAGGGGGCAAACGUCAGCGUUGUCGUGAUUUCGACGAGAAAGGAUACUGUAUGCGUGGUGAGACAUGUCCAUGGGAUCACGGGGUUGAUCCCGUCGUAUUGGAGGAUAUAAACAACCCUGCGUUGAUUACAAUUCAGUCAGCAGCUCAGAUGCGCACAGGUCCCAUCCAUCCGGAGUACAGUCCGGAUGCACCCGAACUUUGGAAUAGACCGCCGAACUUCCAGCCGGGACGUCCAUCGAUUGCACAAAGGUUAGGGAAUAUUGCUGGAGUGGGUGUUGGAGGGUUUGGACCACGUGCCGCAUUAACGGGAAAUUUCAGAGGAGUAGCGCCUGGUUUUCCAGCGGGAUUCCCAGGUAAUCAGAUUGGAGCAACACCUUUGCAGAGGGAACUCAUUUCCGUACCGGUUGUCGACGCGAAUAAGGGAGGUGAUGUUUCCGCCCAGCAACCCAAGCGUAGAUUUGAACCAGAAGAUGCGGUUGCAAUCGCUGAUGGACACUUGAAGCGUAAGCUUCCGCUAAACAAUCGUAUGGGUUCCAGGAUGACAAGUCACUCGAUUGGUACGGGGGGUGCUGUGAAUCCUCAACAGAACUGCUCUCUUGAACUGCGGAAAAUUCCACGUGGAUUGAACGCAAUUGCUCAUUUGAACAACCAUUUUUCGAAAUUUGGCAAAAUCGUUAACAUCCAGAUCAGCUAUGACGGAGACCCGGAGGCAGCAAUUGUGACGUUUUCGACACACGCCGAGGCAAAUGUCGCAUACCGAAGCACGGAAGCAGUCCUGAACAAUCGCUUCAUAAAGGUAUUUUGGCACACCCCGGCGAUGGGUGGCGAUCAACCAGCCAUCACACCAGCGGCUAAGACGGAACAUUCAUUGCGUAGAUCAUACCCGAAUCAGUACAGUAUUAAUAACAACCUGAAUAACACAACGACGGGAGGAGCCACGUCAACAACCAGCAGCACUCCGGUGGUCACUAAGCAAGUAACGAGCAGUGGCGUUGCAAUCAGUUCUGCUGCCAGUGGAACCGAGAGUGGUGCUACCACUACUACCGCAGUGACAUCGGCUAUAACAAAUACCGCUACCAAACUGGUAAAUACGGUCACCACCCCCAUAGUUACCGCCAAUCAACUACGUUUGAAGAACUCGGCCAAAAUAAGUCGUGCCACUACGGAAUUAUAUCGAAAAAAGCAAGAACUAACGCAGGGUCUCCACAAGCGAAAAUACGAUCUGCUACAGGGUUACCUAAAGGAGCUCCGUACAUUGGUUAUGAUGGUGGAGAAGUUCGAAGCUCAAGAUCCUACCCGAGCGAAAUUGUUGACUUCUAUCAAAGAUAUGGAGGGAAAAAUUGACUCUUUGAAGGCGGAAAUCUCCAGUGACCAAAAUCAAAUCACCGCCCGUUUGGCCCCGGUCCGAAAGACGAAAGAACAACACGAAAAAGAUAUGUUGGAUGCUGAAUUGGAAAUCAUUGCCCAAGAACAUAGAGCCCACAAGGUACCGGGAACAGCAGGGGGCAAUACAACGGCACCAGCGGCUGGUGCGCAUUCAAAUAUCAAACCUCCUACGUACGGUUCGCAAGGGAUCCGAUCUGGCCGUCCUAUCAAUCGACCACCUGGUCCCACUAGUGUCGACCGGCGCCCUACAACAAUUGUGAUAACUGGAUUCGCCGCAGAUGACGUAGACGCACUGUUGGGACAUUUCAAACACUUUGGAGAGAUUACGAAACAUCAGCUGAAUGAAACAGUGCCAUCGCUCACCAUCAGUUACUCCAUACGACAAAACGCGGAAAAAGCUUUGGUCCGAGGAAAAGUUUUCCGCGAUGUAACGCUGCAGAUUGUUUGGGCUGUGAACAAUACAUCUUCGGCUGUCACGUCGGCUGGUACAGUAGAGCCGAAAGGUAAGUCUGCUAAAUCGUUAUCCGACCAGGAUGGCACGGGAGGAAAAGUAGCACCAGAUUCUACCGAAAAAAUAGACAGUCCACCCAGCUGUGUUGCGACCGUUGCCACAUCUGCGGCUGAUACGAGUUCAGCUGCCUCCCUCGAUACCUUGACGGAGACCGGAUCGAUGGAAGAAGUAUCCGAAAUCCGUAUGGUGGAGGAAGAAGAGGAAGAGGAGGACAUGGAAUCGGAGGAUCGCUCUUGGCGCCGUUGAUAAUUCUGAAUGUCAGCGCGCCAGGAAGAGCAAUUAAGCAAAUACCAGCCAUCAUCACAGAGAAAGAAGUUUGCCGAUUUUUCAUUCUUCAUUUCAUGAUUGUAAGCCUCUUUCAACCGAUUUUUUUUUCUUUUUCUCCGAAUGUAGUACGUAAGGGUUUUUUUUUCACACUACGGAAUGUGUUUUGUUAUCUACCUUUUUAGUCGGAAAUAAGUCUUGUAAGUUUGAAACUGCCAGGGCCAUUUAUGAAAAUUAAAUCCAAAGUGAGACAUGAUUCGGACAUCCAAAACUUUGUACAUUUUAGGUGACUAAAAAUUCACUUGCUGUAACCCAGUAAUUGGUUGGAUUAGAGUAACAAUCUUUCAUUUUUCGUAAAUGUUAGGGUAAAUUUAUUUUAUGACUCAAAAUUUCAGCAUCUCCGAAGUCUGCUUCUUUUUAAUUUCAAUAUUUGUUACUGAGUUAUGAGUUUCGUAUUUGGUUUUAUUGACAUGAAAAAAAAAGUGAGAUUGGUUCGAAGCGAUUACGAAGUUCAGCAUCUUUCAAACCACAAACAAAAAGGGAGAAUAGUUUUAUCGAACAGAAACUAGUAAUUUACUAUUAAAAUUAAUAAUUAUGACAAAAUUUCGAAUCUAUAUACAUAUAGAUUGAAAAAACUAGUGUUGAUAUAAAACAAACAAUUAUAUUAAGUGUACAUACAGUGAUCUGUAAUCUUAACGACCAGCGGAAAAGGAAAAAAAAUAUAUUCAAACUGUGAAGAUGGACGAGGAAGCUAUUUAAGAACAUGUUGUAAAUGGAGUCAUCUUUGGAUAUCAUCAAAAGGAACAUCGCUAUGGGAUAGCCACGAAACUUCUUGGAUGCGUGCGUGCCGUUUGGGGAUUGGACUACUCCGACGCCCAGCUGCAGUUUAUUUUCAUUUUCACAGCUUUCCACCGCAGAGCCUCUUCCAGUCGUGGAGCGCAUUUUAGUUCUAAACAAAUACAGUUAAACACAGGUUGUAUUGUGAAAAAUUGAAAAAUACGUUGACACGAACGAAAAAAAUGCUGCUUAAAAAAAACAUUAAAAAAAUGUCGAAAAAAAAAUCAAAAUAAAAUAGCUCGACACAGCAGCCGGAAGUUUUGCGAACGAUGAAAAUAAAGUUUGAUUUCAAAGAAACAAAAAGAUUACAGAGCUCGUGACAGAGUUCAUAAUAGCUAUAACAUAAA